AUGGCGGACCCGGCAUUCAAGCCCGAGAGGGACUUCACCAAAGAGGCCGACACCCAGAUUCCCGAGGCCGAGAAGCUGGCAAAGACAGACAUUCAAGCCGCCAUCGAGAAGCUCUCCAUACUCGAAAAGCAAACCCGCCAGGCAUCCGACCUCGCAUCCACAUCACGAAUCCUCAUCAGCAUCGUCACAAUCUGCAAAAAUGCGGGCGAUUGGAGCCUUCUCAGCGACCAGACCCUGGUGCUUUCCAAGAAGCAUGGUCAACUCAAACAGGCCAUCACGAAGAUGGUCCAGACCGUUAUGGGCUUCCUCGACCAGACACCGAACUUGGAAACCAAGCUCUCCGUUAUCGAGACGUUGCGAACGGUCACCGAGGGCAAGAUCUUUGUCGAAGUUGAGCGGGCUCGCGUGACCAAGAUCCUUUCCGACAUCAAGAAGAAGAAGGGCGAUUUGAAGGGGGCCGCCGACACGCUGUGCGAGCUUCAAGUUGAGACGUUUGGGUCGAUGGACAGGCGGGAGAAGGUCGAGUUCAUUCUGGCACAGGUUGCGCUCUGCAUUGAAGUCGGGGAUUGGACACAGGCCGGCAUCCUCAGCCGCAAGAUCAGCACCCGAUACCUCGCCCGGAAACCUAAGAAGACACCAGAGCAGCUCGAGAAGGAGAAGAAGGAGCGCGAGAAGAAAGGCAAAACCGAGGAGGAGCCUGAGAAGGAAGACGACGUCACAGAUCUGAAGCUGCGCUACUACAGACAACAGAUUCAACUGGCCCAGCACGAUGGCAAGUACCUCGAUGUGUGCAAGCACUACCGGCAAGUACUGGACACCGAGUCUGUCGAGGAAGACCCUCAAAGGCUCCGCUUUGUCCUGCAGCGAGUCAUCUACUUCAUCAUUCUAGCCCCACACGACAACGAGCAACACGAUCUGCUUCAUAGGAUCCAUAAAGACACACGGAACUCUGUGGUCUCCCAGGACGCCGAGCUUCUGAAGCUCUUCACCGUUCACGAGCUUAUGCGGUGGCCCGAAGUCGCGAGAGUGUUCGGCCCGCACUUGACCGACACAGAGAUCUUCGACGAGGACGAAGGCGAUUCAGACGACGAGAAGGCCCACGAGCGGUGGCAGGACUUGCGCAAGCGCGUCAUCGAGCACAACGUGCGUGUGGUCGCCAAGUACUACACGCGCAUCCAGAUGGGCCGUCUAACGCAGUUGUUGGACCUGACUGAGGACGAGACGGAGAAGUACAUCAGCGAGCUGGUCACGGCCAAGACAGUCUACGCCAAGAUCGACCGUCCCGCACGCAUCGUCAGCUUCGCCAAGCCACGCGACGCCGACGACAUUCUCAAUGAGUGGAGUUUCAAUAUGAAGAGCCUACUCGGCCUGCUCGAGCGCAUCGACCAUCUUAUCACGAAGGAGGAGAUGAUGGCGCGCAUUCAGCCUGGGGUGACCAAGACCAAGAAGGGUAAAGACGGCAAGGGCAGGGAUGCCAAGCGGGCCGUCAAGGGAUAA